UGCCCUGCAGAGUGCACUUGCAGACUGCUCACUGCAGAACAAGUUAGUCAUUUACGAUCUGUCGCGGAGGUUGGUUAUCUGCACAAAACUUCGUUCAAUAUGGGAAAUAAACACAGCUUGAUGCUUCAAGAUUCAGAUAUAAAAUCUAUACAAGCAGACACUGGAUUUUCUGCGAGCCAAAUUGAGCGUCUCUACAGUCGCUUCACUAGUCUCGAUAAAGGCAAUUCUGGUAGCCUCUCUAGGGAGGAUUUCCUCCGAAUUCCAGAAUUAGCCAUCAAUCCUCUGGGGGACCGGAUUGUUCACGCCUUCUUCCAGGAUAAUACAACUUCUGCAAGACGAGCACCCCACACCUCUGAUUGCUGGGUGAACUUCAAGCAGUUCGUGCGCGUGUUGGCUCACUUCCGCCCCAUCAAGCGCAACCAGGAGAACAAACUCAACAGCCGCGAGGAGAAGCUGCGAUUUGCCUUCAAGAUGUACGACUUGGACGACGACGGCAGCAUCACACGUGACGAAGUUUUGGCCGUGUUGCACAUGAUGGUGGGGGAGAACAUCAGCGAGGAUCAGCUGAUCAGCAUCGCGGAGCGCACGAUGCUCGAGGCGGACGUGGACAACAACCAAAUGAUCACCUUCCAGGAGUUCUGUACGAUCCUCGAGCGCACCGAUGUCGAGCAGAAAAUGUCCAUCAAGUUCCUCAAGUAAUUCCUCUGUUGGCCAUCAAAAGUUCCUGCAAGAUAACGAGUGCCUUCUUCUUCAGUGGAACAUCAUGUUUGUCUUGAGCAGUGACUGCAAUUGAACUCGACAUGCUUCCAUGAUACUAAUCUCCAUCGCACUGAAUUUAAUUGGAUCAGUCCACAUUCCGGGAUGUUAGGCAUGGUAUCAAAGAUCCGUAGAAUUAUAUAGUAGUAUCUAAAUUCGCUCAGUGAAUAUGUUCGUUUGGAUUCCCUAUUAAGUUCCAACAUAAAAGCUUUCUGAAACUUAGGCAAUUGCUAAAUGAGCGGCUAAUUCAAAAUUUCCCAAUGAUGUCCAAGGUAAUGUAUUGUUUCAGCCCAUACAAUGUCAACGGGAUUACAUAUAAUGAGACCCGCUUUUUAGAUUUCCUCUAGAAAGAAUAACGCCGUAGCCAUUUAACACUAUUCGCUGGUGCCUCCAGCAGGGUCGCCCGAUGCGUUCGUUCUUUACGUGUUCGUAACAAGUGAAAGAUUAUCCAAUAUCUCUUAAUACAUGUAAAGAAUCUCGUAACAUACGGAAUAAUUUUUUCUACAGCAAGGUACGAGUACGUAAAACGUGUGCACUUGUCUCUUUGAGUUCAUCAAAUUCUUUGAC